CGUGCACCUGCCGAGGCGAAGAAGGAACGCCGGAGAACUCUGAUGCUUUGCUUUGGUGGACUGGUCUAUCAGACAAGCGACACAAGUUCUGUUGUAGCCAAGUUUAUCACAAUUAAGUCUUGGAAUAAACCAAAAGGAAUGGAUUUGACGAUAUUCCACCUCUGCUGUUUAUUAAUUAGCACAAUCGCAGGUUCAGUCCAGAGCCUGGAGAUCACCUCCACUGGGCCCACGUCUAUAGAGAAGGCCAGCGGGCAGACAGUCAAGCUGGACUGUCAGUUCUCCCUGGGCCCUGAAGACUCCGGCCCCCUGGACAUAGAAUGGAGCCUUCUGGCCUCCGACAACCAGAAAGAAGACAAAGUGGUGAUCCUGUACUCGGGUGACCGAGCCUACGAGGACUACUACCCGGCCGUGAAGGGCCGCGCCCACUUCAACUCGGCCGACCCCAAGAACGGCGACGCCUCCAUCAACCUGACGGGCCUCAAGUCGUCCGACACGGGCACCUACCAGUGCAAGGUGAAGAAGGCUCCGGGCAUCCGCAGCCGCAAGAUGCUGCUCACCGUCAUGGUGCGUCCGUCCAAGCCCAGAUGCUAUGCCGAGGGCCCCACAGAGGAGGGGAAGGAUGUGGCCCUGAGGUGCACCUCCAGCGAGGGCACCAACCCCCUCCAGUACAAGUGGGAGAAGACCAGCGACACCAAGCUGCUGCCGACCUCUGCAGUGCUGGACCCGGUGGGCGGGACCAUGAACGUGCGCAACGCGUCGACCGGCUCGUCGGGGACCUACCGCUGCACGGUCCAGAACCGCGUGGGCAUGGAGGAGUGCAUCAUGCAGCUCAGCAUCACGCCGCCCCCCAACACGGCGGGCAUCAUCGCCGGCGCCAUCAUCGCCGUGCUCCUGGCCCUCAUCCUCCUCGCCAUAAUCCUCUUCUGCUGCUGCCGCGCUCGUAACCGCAAGAAGUACGAGAAGGAGAUCUCCUACGAGAUCCGAGAGGACGUGCCGCCGCCCAAGAGCCGGGUGUCGACGGCCCGCAGCUUCACCAGCGUGGGCAGCCAGCGCUCCUCCCUGGGCUCCAUGUCUCCCUCCAACCUGCACGAGUACGCCAUCAAGCCCCAGUACGACAAGAUCCCCUCCUCCAGCGAGGACUACGACCGCCCGCCCAGCCGCGCCCCGCUGCCCCCGCCCGUCGCCGCCAAGAUGGCGGGGCCCAACCUCAGCCGCAUGGGCGCCAUCCCCGUCAUGAUCCCCGCCCAGAACAGGGACGGCUCCAUCGUCUAGGAGCCCCGCCCCCAACACCCCCCUCCCCCUCCCUCCCCCCAGGCGAGGGGGGAGGAGGGACAGGGGCGUGGCGGGACAAGAGCCGGUGGAGAGGGAAGGGUGGCGGAGAGAGCCGGUUCAACCGGAUUGACCACUUCCUGUGUGGAGGUGAGGGCGUGGGACGGAAAGGAGAGAUGGCGGUGCUGUAAAUCAACUCCCUCGGAGAAGAUGAACUGUAUUUACUGAAGAUGCAAAACCAACACACACAUGCUUUUAUGAAUUUCCAACUUCCGUAACUUCUAGGGUGGAUGUACAGUUGAAUGGUCAAAUGUGCAGGUUCUAUUGUACAUACUGUAGCUGAAUGCAUGAUGUUUCCUGUUUUCAAGUCUAGCUGGCCCUGUCCGUAGAGAUGUGUUUAGAGAAAACACACCUCUGAUUGGCGGAUGAGGGUACAGUGUUACUCAUACUGUUUAUGGGCGUGAGAGAUCUGAAAAACUCUACUCUCUCGCUGAAUGAAUUGUCCUCGCUUUGAUCUGUUUUUAAACUUUUAUCCAUUUACUAAAUUUUUAAAACAUUUUGAAUUUUUGGUUGCUAUCAUACCUUUUAAUUUUUUUUAAGGACAUAUACAAUAGAUAGAUAUACAAUAAAGUGGAUCGGGAAUUUGAGUUGUUUCAGUAGAAUUAGAGGCUGGCUGGGAUUGUCCAGGAAUCACACAAAAGUUUUUACUAACAGAAAACAUUCCCUCUUCUUGAAGUUGAAGAAUCUGGCCGAUGGUCAAAUGUAUCAGUCCUGGGAGCAAUUAGGUCAACUCUCUGACCGUUAUAGCAUUGGUAACGUCCAGCUCGCUGGGGCAGGACGAGAGCGGGGGAGGAGUGCUGGGGGGUGGAGGUCGGGGGGGGGGGGGGGGGGGGGUGUUGAGGCAAACACAUUGUGUGAUUGGUGGAUGAUUGUGUCUUUGCCCGGCUUACACAACAACAAAAACAGUGGAGGGCCAGAGGUCACCGAGCAAUCUCAUCUGAUUGUGUUUGACUGGCACCGGACACCCCCCAAUCCUGCUGACCCCUCCCAGCAGGUCCCCCUCCUCCCCUCCCCCGACACAGUCCCCCUGACACAGUCCUGUGUCCUGCUGGAGCUGCAUCCACAGCAGGACUGCUUCAUCAUCUUUGGUAUUUAGAACGGGAGCCCAAAGGUCCCCCUCAUUUGUCAUGGUCCUAGUCGUAAGUGGUAUCUAUUUGUAACUGCACACCUGCUAUUCCAUAUCUUCAUUAACCCUCCCCCCCCCCUCCCCUCACAAUGGUUCAUAUGAAGUUAUUAGCGGUCCUUAUUACCCUGAACGGGGAAGUAGCAAAUGAAGGAUUCCUCGGUGCACUCGUGACAUGCCGGGUGGAGGAGGUGAAGCGUGGGAGGAUGCAGGGCACGGGGGAGGGGGGGCCGGGGGGCCCAGGGGGUUUAGGCUGCUCCUACAGUCCAGCACCCUUCCAGUCCAGGGUGCUCACUGUCCAUGUUGUGACCCUCAGUCAUGAGAGGCUGCUCCAGCCUGUCUCUCUCACUGCCCCCCCCCCCACAUCCCCCCUCCUCUCUGUGCUUCUCCACAGCCCCCAUAGCUGUGACUGACAGCUGUGUGUCUACAAUUGACAUAUACUAUUGUUGUGCCUUGGCCCUAUUGACUUCACACCCGGCUGCCACAGGCUCUGUGUGUGUGUGUGUGUGUGUGCGUUAGUGGAGCUAGGCUACAUAUUGCAGGUCCCAGUGGUCAUUAAAAGUCUGUGUUCAAGGACCCAGAGCCCCGGUCAGCAUAUGCAGAAUGCAUUGCUGGCUGUCCUGCUGCUGCUGAACUUGGGUUAGCUCCCACACCUAAAGCUCGCCUCCUUCAUAGAUGGAAACAUAACAUGUUUUAGCACUGUAUGUAAUCCUUUUUCCUGCAUUUCAAAAAAAAAAAUCCACACAUGAAUUCAUACAUUUGAUUUCUCCCUUUUUGUUUUUUGUGUUGUUUUUUUUACACAAAUUAUUCUUUUUCUUAUUUGAAUGAAACGGUUUCUUUUGGCUCCUUGUAAAUAUCCUGUGAAAGUAUCUUGUACUGUAUCUCUAGAACUAAUCACAACACAGUCUAACAGUCUGGUGUUUGUUGUAUGAUGCUCUGCAGUGCUGUGCUUGGCUACGCUCUAUCUAAACCCCAGAGAGCUCUUAUCAGUGAGAAUGACUGCUUUCUUGUAUGGGUGUGCACCGCUGACACAUGCACACACACUCUCCUGUGUGUGUGUGUUUGUGUGACUAGAAUGUAAUGUAGUGCAGGUGUGUGGUCUAAGGGGGGGGGGGGGGGGGUGACAGGUGUAGAAGUGUCCUAGCCUGUUCCAGGUGUUGGCAGGUGUAAUCUCACACCUUGGACACCUCCUCCUCCUGGUCUCUGGAAGGGGGGGAUGAGAAUCUCCCA